UUGCGGACGAAAUACCAUUUGGAAAAUAAAUUCAGAAGAUUAAAAAAGAAACAGAGAAUGUCUAGCACUGAAGCCGGCGCGGAAGUCACAGCUUCACAUAAUAUAAAAGACGCUCCACCUACCGCCACUGAAAACACUGAGGACGCGAACAUAGCUGAAUGUGCUAAAGUUGAUAAUGAGAUUGUGCUGCAGAACGAACUGAAUGACGCACAACUGAAACAAAUCGAAGAAGAGCAAAAAGUGCACCCCUUGAUUGGUGAUAAAAUUCCCAUUGAAUCUCUCAUAAUUGAAUAUGAUCCGGAAACAAGCAAAGAAUAUCACAACAAGGCAAAAGAACUUGCUGAAACCUAUUGUGAUAUCCGCCAAAUGCGACGGGAUGGAAAUUGUUUUUACCGGGCUCUGUUGGUGGCUGAAAUAGAAUUAAUGUAUAAAAGCAAAGAAGAGCUUUAUAGAUUUGAAACAGUUUGUAAAGGAUGGCAGAAACGCCUCAUGGAUUUGGGUUUCCCAGAUUUCACUACCGCCGAUUUUUGCGAAUAUUUCUACGAGUGGUUGACACCAAUCAAGAAUGCAGAAAAGACCAUGACUGAAGUCUUUGAUGAGCUCAGUGAUGACGGACAUGCGAAUUAUCUCAUUCUUUUCUUAAGACUGAUUACAUCUGGAUAUCUCAAGGAAAAUUCAGAUGAAUAUACCCCUUUCAUUGACGAUACAUAUAAGAAUCUUUCUGAAUAUUGCCAAAUAGAAAUUGAAGUUAUGUGGAAGGAUGCUGAUCACAUAGCUGUUACUGGAUUAGUAAAUGCCAUUGGCCGUGCUAUUCGCGUUGAGUACAUGGACCAAUCUGCUGCUCCUAAUGGUGGAUGGCACUACGAUUUUCCUCCUGAUAAGGAAGACGAUCCUCAGAUUACACUUUUGUACCGCCCAGGCCACUAUGACUUAAUUUAUAAGAAGUAA